AAUGAGUAAUAGUGUUUGACCAGCUGUGGAUAAAGACCAGGCAGGCAAGAGGAAGCAGUGGGGUGCAGAGCGCAGGUCCUUAGAUGCUCAGACGGAAGUUGGGACAGUAUGCUUUUCCCCCAAAUCAUUUUGCAUCAGCUCUGACACCUCCAGCACUCGCAUCAGCUCCUCAACCAACAGCCCGGCUUUGCUCUUCCGUCUGUCACCGGAGACACGGUCUUCUUUGUGUAGGAGGAGGAGACGGAUUAGAGCCCACCGAUGCUGAAUAGACGCGUUGUGAGGGUGAGGAAUGCCCUGGUGCGAGAGUGCAUGGCCGAGUUCUUGGGGACUUUUGUCUUGAUGCUCUUUGGCUGCUCUGCUGCAGCUCAGGUGAAGACGAGCAGGGAAUCUAAAGGCCAGUUCCUGUCGGUCAACAUGGCCUUCUCUGUGGGUGUGAUGUCAGCUAUGUACCUCACCAAGGGCAUCACAGGCGCUCACCUGAACCCGGCGGUGACUCUGAGUUUCUGCGUGCUGGGCCAGGUGCCGUGGGGGAGGCUGGUGCCCUACUGCCUCAGCCAGGUGCUGGGGGCCUAUCUGGCAUCAGCCCUCGUCUUCCUGGUCUACUACGAUGCUAUAAUGGAGUUUAGUGGAGGAGUAUUGACUAUUUAUGGCCCAAACGAGACAGCGUCUAUAUUUGCCACGUAUCCGUCAGAGUACAUGACUUUAGGAAGAAGUUUCCUGGACCAGGUAGUGGGCACUGGCAUGCUGCUGUUGUGCAUCCUGGGAUUGGAUGAAAAGAGGAACACCCCGGCUCCUUCACAGCUGAUUCCUCCCAUAGUGGCAGUGAUCGUCCUGGGGAUCUCCAUGUCAAUGUCAGCCAACUGUGGUGGUGCAAUAAACCCUGCUCGGGACCUGGGACCUCGCCUCUUCUCUCUGACUGCGGGCUGGGGCACUGAGGUGUUCACGUGUUACAACUACUGGUUCUGGGUACCCUUGGUGGCCCCACUUGUGGGAGGUCUUAUGGGGACUUUCAUGUAUUUGGUCUUCAUCCACUGGCAUCUGCCUGACCCAGAUCCCUCAGAGAGCUUCUCCUCCAUCGGGGACAUCAUCAAGCAGCCCAGCAUCCAGCCGGACAACGGAGUGGAGUUAAAGGCUACUCACCUGUAAACGUUACUUUUGUUGAAAUAUCUCAUUAUCACAAAAACUGAAGGUAAAAGAAUUGGUUGUGAUUUAUAGUUGAGAUGGCAAAAUCUGAGCUUCUUCACUGUUAAGAAGGACAAACAUUCUGUAUGUGUCCUCCUCUGUUGAAGAAAAGACAAGAAUGUGUUAUCUAUUUACUCCAUGAGUAAGGCCAUAUUGAUAGUAUCGUAAUGAUGUUUACAUUGAUGUAUUGUUUAUAGUGUGGAUUUUUAAAUGAUAAGUACCUUUCAUGGACUAAAGAAUACCGUUAUGACUAAUGUUGAUUCAAUUAAACAAUACAAAUGAAUACAUAU